UCUUAUUUAUUCCAAUGUGUGCAUAGCUUAUGGGAUAGAGCAAUAUAUCUAUCUCAGUUAGCUUUAUUUCCCGUCCUAAUCUCUAGUUGAGCUCAACCAAUUCUCCAUGAAGAUAGUAGUGGAGAGCUCGAGAAUCAUCAAGCCUGCUCACAAUGCUGAUCAUAUUCGUCCUCCACUUACGACCACUCAACACAUUCCACUGAGUGUGUUCGACAAGGUCACCUUCGACACACACGUCGCUGUCAUCUACGCAUUUCGCCCGCCGACUCCUCCCAACUCCGUGAUCGAGGAGGGGCUCGCGAAGGCGCUAGCAGAAUAUGGACAGUACGCUGGUAGGUUGGGGGAGGACUCCGAAGGCAACCGAGUAAUCCUCCUCAACGAUGAAGGAGUGCGGUUCGUCGAGGCCUCUAUCGACACCACCCUCAGCAAUGCCAUGCCCUUCAAGCCCUCUCCUUCUCUGCUGGACUUUCAUCCGAGUGCCGACGGUGUGGAGGAGCUGCUGUUGGUCCAGCUCACGAGGUUCACUUGCGGCUCUCUGGUUCUAGGUUUCUCGCUACACCACGUUAUCUCUGAUGGCCAUGCCACCAGCAACUUCUUGGUCUCGUGGGGCCUCGCAUCACGCGGACUUUCCAUCAGCCCCCUCCCGCUGCACGACCGCACCUCGCUCUUUGCCCCCCGUCAGCCGCCGCAGCUCGAGUUUGAGCAUCGUGGCGUGGAGUUCAAGAGCAAGAAGAUCAGUAGAGACAGCAAUACGGAGAACCCACUAAAGAAUGAGGUUGCCAUUCACAAGGCGCACUUUACUAAGGAGUUCCUCUCCAAGCUCAAGGCCACGGCGUCCGCAGGGAGAGACCAGCCAUAUAGCACGUUCCAAAGCUUGGUGGCUCAUUUAUGGAGGGUUGUGACGAAGGCGCGAGGCCUCAACGGUUGCGAGACCACCCACGUACGAAUUGCCGUGGACGGACGCAGGCGGAUGAUCCCAGCUGUGCCCGAUGGGUACUCGGGCAACCUAGUCCUUUGGGCCUUCCCGCGCGCCAACGUGCGGGAGCUGCUGAAUAGGCCGCUCCAGUAUGCUGCGGAUCUCAUCCGCACAGAAGUCGCCAAGAUGGAGGAUAGCUAUUUCAAGUCGUUUAUAGAUUUUUCGAGCUCUGGGGCGAUCGAGGAGGAGGAUCUGGUGCCGACUGCCGAUGCUGAUGAGAUGGUGCUGUGCCCUAACCUAGAGGUGGAUUGCUGGACAAGGUUUCCCUUCUACGACCUGGAUUUUGGUGGGGGUAGCCCGUACUACCUCGUACCGUCUUAUCUUCCUGUGGAGGGGCUGCUUAUACUCUUGCCAUCCUUCAUUGGAGACGGGAGCAUUGAUGCGUUUGUGCCCUUGUUCCAUCAUAACUUGGAUUCCUUCAAGCUUUGUUGCUAUUCCAUGGACUAGUCCAUCCUUCUUGCACACGUUUACGUAGAUGUGCACGAAUUUUCAAGAACUAGUAAUGAGUCGUGAAGUUCAGGCGAAAGAAAAAAACAAAUGGAAUCUUGCAGUUGUAGUCGCCCAAUCUAAAACUUCUUCUGUGCCUAAAAUGCAUGUUUAAUUACGAGUAUGACCAUUUGAGACAUUCUUUUCCUUUUAAUUACGCUAGUUGUGCGUGAAAAAUAACUACCGCUACGUGUUAAAUAAAAAACAAAGAAAAUAAUCAAUUAUUAAAC